UGAGCUUCUACAGAAGAGCAAAGGCAGGCACCACCAUGGUAAAGUUUUUGCUGCUGGCUUUGGCAUUUGGUCUGGCUCAUGCUUAUACUGAGCUUGAAGGAAAGUGGGUUACCACUGCCAUCGCUGCUGACAAUGUGGACACGAUAGAGGAAGAAGGACCCAUGAGACUCUACGUUCGUGAACUUAUUUGUAGUGAAGCAUGUAGUAAAAUGGGAGUCACAUUUUAUGUCAAUGCAAAUGGCCAAUGUUCAGAAACCACAGUCAUUGGGUAUAAGCAAGAAGAUGGCAAGUACAGGACCCAGUUUGAAGGUGACAACAGAUUUGAACCUGUGUAUGCAACAUCAGAGAACAUAGUCUUUACCAAUAAGAAUGUGGAUAGAACUGGCCGGACAACAAACCAGAUUUUUGUUGUUGGAAAAGGUCAACCUUUGACACCUGAACAAUAUGAAAAACUUGAGGAAUUUGCUAAGCAACAGAGCAUUCCAACAGAAAACAUCCGAAAAGUUCUGAACGCAGAUACUUGUCCUAAAUAA